AUGGCUGCUCUGGAUGGCGUAGCUGAUAAGUCAGUCACAUCUGUGAUUCCACCCAUUGUUCAGGGUGGACUUGCGCCUGUCACGAAAGAUGAAUUAUGGCACGCAAGAUUGGGACAUCCUGGUAAACUGGUGUACGACAAGCUGGCCAAGGAAAUUGGCCUAGCCAAGUACGAACCUUCACCCUACUCCCUCUGCUCUACGUGUGCAACUGCAAAAGGACAACUGUCAAAAGGGGUUAUCUCUGAUUUUAAGACAACCGCGCCAUUGCAGUUAGUUCAGGUUGACCUAUGUGGUGGUUUCCGUUAUGAGGAAUACGUGGACUCUAAGUGUUUUCUAACUAUUAGAGACAGCUACUCGCGGUAUUAUUUUGUUAUUCCGCUGAAGAAUAAGGCUGCUGCGACUCAAGCCCUGAUCAACUGGAUCCACCAGCAGGAGAAUUACUUUUCCACACGCGGAGGGUAUAAGGUUGGCACGGUCCGUACAGAUAAUGGCGGAGAGUUUACAAGUAACGUCUUGCAUGAUUUCUUUGGUUCCAAAGGCAUCACGCAUCAGUUAACUGUUACUGACAAUAGUUCCCAGAACGGAGCUGUUGAACGUGCCCAUCGGACUUUACAGGAGAAGAUGCGCUCACUCCUUAUUGGAGGGCGUGUCCCACCAUAUCUAUGGAGCGAAGCCUUACGGUGUGCUGCGUUUCUACUGAACCGACUUCCCAUUUUGCCUCGCCUAAGGAGCGUCCCAUACGCACAAUACUACGGUGGUGCAGAUGGUCCACUAAGGUUUAAUAACCUCCGGACUUUCGGUUGUGCAGCAUUCGCCACACUGCCUGCGCCACUUCGCGACGGUAAACUGGCUCCGCCGGUGGUAACCGGUGUCAUGGUGGGCUACUCGACCAACCGUAAGGCCUAUCGAGUUUACAUCCCACAGAAAAAUAAAACUUACGAAACGAAUCAAGUUUCGUUUGAUGAAACUGUGUUCCCGCUCCGCGACACCGCUGCCAGUCACCAAGCGUAUGAUUUCGCUAUUGGUGCUGCCCCUGGCCUACCAAAGGCACCGUCCGUAGACAAGGGUGUGCCUCAUCCUGUUGUUCCUGUUGAUUUCCCUGAACCCCCUUCUUUCCCCUCCCGCUCCUCUGUCAAUCCACCUUGGCCUCCACCUUCACCGGUCGCACAAUCGACCCGGGUGAUGAACUCCCCGCCAAACUCCAAUCGCUGGUAUCCGAUAGCUUGCGGAAUCAAUCGAUUCUAA